UAGAGGGACUGCAAAACAACGGCCAACGCGAGAACUCUUCUCCCCACCCUCCACCCCGCGCGAGGCCCCGUCCUUGCCCCCACACCCACAUCUAAUACCGAGGCCAUCAGCACGUCGCAGCGAUGGCGGAAAACGAGGUGGAUUUGGACUCCAUCAUAGAUAGACUACUCGAGGUCCGAGGCAGCCGGCCGGGCAAGCAGGUGCAGUUGCUAGAGACGGAGAUCCGAUAUCUAUGCACGAAGGCGCGCGAAAUCUUCAUUUCGCAGCCCAUUCUGCUGGAGCUGGAGGCGCCGAUAAAGAUCUGCGGGGACAUACAUGGCCAAUACUACGAUCUCCUCCGCCUUUUCGAGUACGGUGGGUUCCCACCAGAAGCAAACUAUCUCUUCCUCGGCGACUAUGUGGAUCGAGGCAAGCAAUCGCUGGAGACCAUCUGCCUUUUGCUUGCCUACAAGAUCAAGUACCCCGAGAACUUCUUCAUCCUGCGCGGCAACCACGAGUGCGCCUCCAUCAACCGCAUCUACGGGUUUUAUGACGAGUGCAAGCGAAGGUACAACAUCAAGCUAUGGAAGACGUUCACCGACUGCUUCAAUUGCCUGCCCAUUGCCGCCAUCAUUGACGAAAAGAUCUUCACCAUGCACGGUGGCCUCAGCCCUGACCUGAACUCCAUGGAGCAAAUUCGUCGCGUGAUGAGACCCACCGAUAUCCCGGACUGUGGUCUUCUCUGCGAUUUGCUGUGGUCCGAUCCCGACAAGGAUAUUACUGGGUGGAGUGAAAACGACAGAGGUGUCUCCUUCACCUUUGGCCCAGACGUGGUGUCCCGCUUCUUGCAGAAACACGACAUGGACCUCAUCUGUCGCGCCCAUCAAGUUGUGGAGGAUGGUUACGAGUUCUUCUCAAAGCGGCAACUGGUCACGCUCUUCAGCGCACCCAACUAUUGUGGUGAAUUCGACAAUGCGGGUGCAAUGAUGAGCGUCGACGAGAGCCUGCUCUGCUCUUUCCAGAUCCUCAAACCAGCUGAAAAGAAACAAAAGUACGUGCCCAGUCUUGGUGGCAGCAGACCGAUGUCUCCUCGCAGCAAGAAAUCCUCCUAGAAGUAGCCCAACCAACACAGAUGAACAAUUGCGAACUUCCGUGCAGCAGGUUUGGGCGUCGAUAGACAAUCACAUAUUGUUAAGCCCUCCCCGAAUCGACACCGAAUCAGCUUUGCGAAUUCGA